AUGGACGACCCUGAAAAGAAAAUCACUGUUCUCUGUUUAGGACCUAAAGGUUCGGGAAAAACGACCUUACUCAAAAAGUUACAGGAGGCUGAAGGAAUUGACUAUACCUAUAGUCCAGUGCCAACUAUUGGAACAAAUAUUUACGAUGUUCAUUAUCUCAAUAAAGCUGGAAAGAAACAAGUGCUUUCCAUUCGGGAAGUUGGUGGCGAAAUGGCACCACUCUGGAGUAAUUACUUCGAAGGUGUUGAAAAGAUAAUCUACGUUGUGGACACCUCAAACUUGUGCCAAAUCUCUGCUGCCGCUGUUAUGCUUUACACGUUGUUAGCUGAGCCUCAAUUAAAAAAAGCUAAGUUUAUUUUAGUCCUGAGCAAAAUGGAUGCAGCAUACAGGCAGAUGCGCAACGAAGCAUUGCUAAUGCUUCAGUACGCACGGCUCAGCAAUGAACUACAAAAUAAGCCUACUCUUCUAGAGGUCUCACCACUAACGGGCGAAGGACUAGACACCUUACGAACGCUCCUCGCAGAAACAAAACGCUUUGCGCCUGCUGUACAAUAG